UCUCUCUCUCUCUCUCUCUCUCUCUCUCUCCACAGCUAAACACCCAAUCACAAAAGAAACCAUAUAGUUCAGAAAGCACCCAUUUGACAAAAAAGAGGUUGCAUUUUUCAGCUAUUCUGGAAGCAAAUCAAUGAUGUUGUUGCAAGCAGUUGUUGGCAGUAUGAUUAUAAUGAACAAGAGGGGGACGAUGGAGACGAUUCCUCCAAAUUUGAGGAAACUGUGGAAGGAAUGGGAAUUGCGAGGAAUGAUUCUACUUAGCCUCACUACCCAAAUAGUUCUUGUCAUUCUGGGCAAUCGUAGAAAGUAUAUUGCCGGAGCAUGGAUCAGAAUCAUUGUUUGGACGGCCUACUUACUCGCCGAUGCGGUAGCGAUAAUGGCCGCUGGAAUACUCUCAAAUAAUCUUGGAGAAGUCUACAGGAAGGAUUCUUUUGGUCCAGAGUAUGAGCUAUUAGCAUUUUGGGCUCCAAUGAUGUUGUUACACCUGGGUGGCACAGAUGCAAUUACUGCUUACUCCUUGGAAGACAAUGAGUUGUGGAAAAGGCACUCAUUUGGACUAGUUUCCCAAGCAAUGACCACAAUGUACAUCUUCGUUUUGGCUUGGACAAGGUCUCUAUUUUCCGGGAAAGUCUAUAAUAUCCCUUCUAGUGAAUCCAAAGUUGUGGAGGAAUGUAGAUUGAAGCAAUUGGAGGGGUACCAUGUCACACCACAUCAAACUCUUGAGGUUGACGUGCCGAGUCAUUUAACCAAUAGUAUUCCAUCAUCACUACAAUGUUUUCCUGAUGGAAAUGAAUUACUUGCAGCAUAUGAGUUUCUUGAGAUGGUCAAGCGUCUCUUUGCAGAUCUUGUAGUGGGCUUCCAAGAUGGGUAUGCAAGCAGGUCAAUCUUCGAAAACCACGCCAUGUCUGCGAGCAAGGCAUUCAGGAUAAUUGAGAUUGAACUAGGGCUUAUAUAUGAUUUGCGCUACACAAAGGCAAAGAUAGUCUACUCUGCUUGGGGCAUUGCUGGACGAUUCAUCGGAAUAUUUCUAACCCUCAUUGUAUUGCUGAUGGUAUCUUUGCAUGAGAUAAUACUAGUCACAGAGAAACAUAGCCACCACUCCGAGAUUGACCGUAACAUAACUAUGGUAUUGUUGGCGGCCGCUCUUCUCGUGGAGUUAUGGGCAUUUCUGCAACUAAUUCUCUCCGACCAAACCGCUUAUUGGUUAGUUAAGCGUAAGAAAACCACCAUCUUACGAGUAAUCAAGUGCAUUUCACAUUCACUACUAACUAAUUGGGCGAUUCCAAAACGGAGGUGGUCGAAUUCCAUUGCUCAGUUUAGUCUGCUAAAAUUUGCCUUGAGAGAAAACCCCCUCCCCUGCCUUAGCGUCCAAAAAAUGUUAGGCAUUGAAGAAUUUCUAGAUACUAUCCAAUACAAGAGUGCUCCUAUAUCACUCAGCAAAGUUGAUUUAAGAGGCAGAGUCUUCAAAGAGAUCCAUGACAGUGUUAGGCAAUGGACGGAAAGGUAUGGCUACGACACAGAUCUUAAAGCUUUAUACGGGCAGAGGGGAGGCCGCACAAUUGAAAGUCACAAUGAUCAUGAUCUUGCGUGGAGUGUCGAAUUGGAGUUCGAUCAGAGUAUUCUUACUUGGCACCUUGCUACAGAAAUCAUGUACUACCAAGGUGGCGAACCUAAUGAAAUAGGCAAUUACUUGUCACGAUAUAUGCUUUACCUCCUAGUCGAGCAUCCUUCUAUGUUGCCACUUGGGAUGGCACACACCAAGUUCCGGGACAUUUAUGCCGGGCUAGGGGACUUCCUUGAAAAGGAGGCGGACAUCAGGGACGUCUGGGACAUCAGUAGCGACGCCAGUGCCAGUGCCAGUGCCAGUGCCAGUGCCAGCAGCCAGCAGCCAGCAGCAGAAGCUGGAAGAAGUGGCCGCUGGUGCUGGUGGUGGUUGAAACUGCCACCACCAGCAGCCAGCAGAAGCAUCCAGAAGCAACUGAAGAAGAAAGACCCUAGAAAAGUAGUUGAUAUGCUGCUUCAAAAGUAUGAACAGAAGAAACUGGAGAGGAGCAAUUCUGUGAUACUGCAUGGGUGUAAGCUAGCAUCACAACUUAGUAACAGAGGAAAUAGAUGGGAAAUAAUUGGUGAAGUAUGGGUGGAAAUGUUGUGUCAUGCAGCUAGCCAAUGCAGGGGAAGAUAUCAUGCCCAACAAUUGAGACGAGGAGGGGAGUUGCUUACUCAUGUCUGGCUUCUCAUGGCACAUUUUGGCUUGAAUGAUCACUUUCAGGUCAUACCGCGUAGCCGCGCAAUAGCUGAUGCAGUUCUAAGGUAG